ACCGUUCGAACGUCAGUAGUUGGAACAAGGACGCGUACCGUGCACGAAGACCCAGCGCGCAAGCCACACGCCAAUCGCCUCGCGUUCACGUUGCUCAGCCAAAGCAAGGCCCCCACAAUAAAUAAAAAAAAAAGGAAGAAAGGAAAAUAAAUAAAAUGCUUACCAUAUAAGCAGGAAAUCUCAUCAUCAACAUAAUAACGCAUAUGCAGCUGUCAAUUUUUCACCGCAAAAUGAGAGAGAUCCCCACCGUGCUGUAGUGUGUGUGUGUGUGCGUGUACGUGUGUUUUGUGAAUUCCAAAAGAAAGUUGAGAAAGUGGCCGUUACGUGUACGCAACGCAACGUGCUCGUUUCGUGUGUUGUUUUUAUUGAUUGCGCGUUGAAACAAAGUUUAUUUUAAAUGAAAAUGUGGCCAGAACAGUGAGAGAUAGACGCCUCCCUGCCGAGGCUGAGGACCAGUGCAAUGCAGUGUGCUGCUGACAGUCAAGGUCGCCGCAUUUGACCAGAAACAUGUCACAGACAAACAUAUAGCGCCAGAACAAAACACAGCCAGAAAUAAUCUUAGAAGAAACCAACACCACCACAAAGGAAGCAUUUAAAGCAUUUUGCAAGUCUUGAAGUCUUAUUCAGUGCAUCAGAAAGUCACACACAAAACUUAAAAUAUGCCCAGCAUGGGGAGACGCCAAAAACACUGCCACCAUCGGAUGCAUGCAUCGGCAUGCCAGCUGCAAUUGCUGCUGCUUGCGGUGCUGCUGCCACUGCUCCUGAUGGCCACUCUGGGUCUGGCGUGCCGCGUCUCGGAGUUCUCCUGCAAGGGUAGCGGGAACAGUGGCAACAUUUGCGUUCCUCUGGACAAAUACUGCGAUGGACGCAGCGAUUGUGCCGAUGGCAGCGACGAGCCCAAACAUUGUUCGGUGUGCAAUCGCACAUAUUAUGGGGAUAUUGGACGCACCUAUGCCAUAAAAGUGCCAACGCCACAGUGGAAUAAAUUGCCAUUCCUCUGUCACUUGACAUUCACAGCAUCCGGUCAUGAUCAAGGCGACAUCGUUCAGAUCAUCUUUGAUGGCUUUACGGUGGGACGCUUCGACGAGGGCAUGGUCGAUACCGAUGUGGAUGGCUAUGAAACGAAUCUAAGUCCCACUGGCGAGCUGCCCGGGUGCCCCGAGGGCUUCAUGCAGCUCAGCGAAUUGGGACGCCCGUUCACCGGGGGCUCGUGGUGCGGCAAGGCCACAGGACCGCAAUUGUAUUUCAGCGAAACAUCAACGGUGACUGCAUCUGUUAAGGUAUUUCAUCCGCCACGCAAUAUACGAGAUGAGAAGCCCUUUGAGUUCAGCAUAAGAUAUAAAUUUAUCAGCCAGUCGGAUGCAGUUGUAAGAUACGGUCUGCCCGAUAAGCCGCUCGAACUGGGCCGUGUCACACCUGGCACCUAUUGUACGAGGCAAUUCGAUGAAUGCUAUCGUAACAAGUGUCGCCUGCAAAGUCCAAAUUAUCCUGGUAUGUAUCCGAGGAAUGUUACCUGCUACUGGACCAUACGACAGAAAGAAGUUCCCACCAGCAAGCAUGCCAUGAUUGCCGUUAGCCAGGAGAACCAGCACAAGGCCUUAGUGAAGCGGUCGAUUGCCAGCUUCAAUAAGACGUCACGCUCCAUACGCGCCUGGUCGGACUGUACGGGUGAACGCGAUCAUCUCAUCUUCUAUGACGGCAGCUCCACCAACGAUCCCGUGCUGGCCAAAUACUGUGGCGGCGAUUGGUUGCCGCGCGUCGUGUCACGUGGCGCCGAAAUGCUGGUCGCCUUCCACUCGAGCCCCUUCUCGGCGCCCCUGCAGCAAGGCAUACCGAAUCGGGGCUUCGAACUGGAUGUGGACAUACUCUUCACCGACUCGGACUCCUACGACUUUGCCCAGGGCACCAAGAACCUCUGCGAGUUCCACAUAAAUGCCUCGAAUCCAGAUGAUGUGCUAUUCUCGCGUCGCGGCCGCAUGGGACGCAUUGUGAGUCCGCGUCACACGCUUCCGCCGAACACAACGUGCACGUACCACUUUCACGGAUAUCCCGGUGACCUGAUUUGGUUAUCGUUCACCAGCUACAAUCUGCAGAUCCUGCAGCAGGCGAUACAUGACAACAAUACGCUGGGACGGAGCGAUCUGCCGCCUUGGAUAACCAGGCUCCGGAUGUGGGACAGCUAUGGCACAUAUGUGCCCAUGAAAUCGACAAGUUCAACCACCGGACAGCCGCCACCACCACCGCCAGUGGCCUCCUCGUCGGACGGGGGCAAGCCCACGCUCCUCAAUCAAAGCAACUACGGCAGCUACUACUAUAGUGCCAGUAAUCCGAAGCUGAAUCGAAAUCUGCGCGUCAAUAUCGACAAUGCCUGGAAUCCGGUGGACACGUACAUCUACGGACCCACACAGUCGAGUGUGUUCAACCAGGAGAACAAGUACAGCGGUUACCAGGGCGCUGGCGGUGGCGGUGGCGCUGCUGCUGGCGGAUCUGGCAAGCCCUUGACUAGCGUCAAGGAUAGCCUCAACUAUAUUUCUGGCGGCAAGUCCGCCGUCAAAGAUGGCGGCGUGGGUGCUUCUGCUGCGGCCAUACUCAGUUCGGACAGGAACAGCGCCGUGGCUCUGAUGAGCACCAAGGGCAAGCGACGCCUCAUGCUGGAGAUCUACGACUACGAGACGCCCAAGCUGUGCGAUCACACGGCCAUCGGGAGCGGCGUGAGCGGCAGCAGCGCCCUGAUGGGCGGCAACAAGCAGCGACCGUGCAGUCCGCUGGAGAGUUACGUGAGCACGGGCAGAGAUUUGAAACUGGAGUUCCACACGCACACGGGAACAGCCUUGUUCCCGGCACAAUUCGCUUUGAACUACGAGUUUGUGGACACAGAACAGGGUGGUGACACCUGGCCAGGCAGGCGUGGCGAGGAUCCUGUGCCGCCCCUCUGCUCGCGAAUCUUUCGUAAGCGCAAGGGCAACAUCCAGGUGCCCCGGAACGUCUUCCUUUACGGCCGCGGUGGGGCCAAGAACAUCACCUGCCUGUACCGCUUCGAGGCGGGUCCGUCGGAGCGGGUUAAGCUGGUGCUGCACAAUGUCUCCUUUGGCGAGGGCACCGCCUGCACCACCGACUCAGAUCUGCAUACGGGUAGGCCGCGAUGCAAUCAAUUGGAUCCGGAGGGUCGCAUCACUGAGCUGCGGCUCUUUGAUGUGCCCUUCCGAGAUGUGAAAAUCCAGCUGGGAUGCUUCUGCGACAAUUCCAGUGCCCUGUACAACAACGCACCGCUGACGUUCGUCUCCCACUCGCGGAUUAUGGAGCUCAGCUUCACGGUGACUCGCCUCAAUAUCUCCGAGGACUUUGCCGAUGUCUUCUUCUCCGCCUCGUACGAGUUCAAGCGCCAGCCGGACUGUCGCAAGCAAUUGAAGCUGAAGGGCGCCGGUGGCGAGGAUGAGCUCAAGUAUCCCCUGAAGACGCAAGAUGCCAGCUGUGAAGGCCUCGCCUGGUACAUCGAGGCCCAGUCCGCGGAACGCUCUCUUUUUGUCCAGACCUGGGGUGCCUAUCUACCUGUGGAUCCCACAUCCGAGGAUGCCAUGCGCUGUCAUACCAAAAACCGUUUGAUGAUCUACUCGGGCAGACCGCUCAAGCCCAUGCGAGUGGUGUGCCCCGCACAGAGUGGACCGAGGCCCAUGUCCUUGCACAUAUUCUCCGAGGACUGGACCAAUGGACAGCCUCUGUUCAUGAACAAGCCCAUCAGUCUGGUGCUGGAGCCCAUACUCAAGGAGCCCGGCGAUAUAGCCUUCACAUGGCUGGAGAUACACCGCACCAAGAAUGCGCUGCUGCAGCAGUUGGACCUGCAUGCGAACGCAAGCGUGACCACGGGCUUGAGCUCCGGCUCUGGCACUGGCACUGGCUCCCAGCCCUCUGGUCAUAGUUCAGGCUCUGGCGGAGUGGUCGGCACGGGCAGCGCUGGAGUGGCCGGGGGUGGUGGAGCUGCCGGCGCUGGAGGCGGCGGCACAGCAAGCGGUGCUACGGCCAACGAAACACUGAACGAGUUUGGUUUCUAUCCGAAGGAGUCAGAUUGCGAAUACAAAUGUCCUGAAAUUGAUGCAUGCAUAGCAGCCAGCCUGUGGUGUGAUGGUCAUCACAACUGCCCCAGCGGCUUCGAUGAAUCGGAGGAGGAAUGCGGCACAGCCCGUAAGCUGCUGGAGUUGCCUGGCGGCGUCUUUGCGGCCCUGGGAUGCAUCGCUGCCGCUUUGACCGCAUGCCUAAUCUUCUGCAUGUUCGGACUGAUGCGAAAGCGGAAAAAGAGUGUCGUGCAGAAGGGCGGCGGCGUUGGUGGCGUUGGAGGCGUGGGCGUGGGCAUUGGCUUCAUGAAUGGCGCCAGCAAUGGGAAUGUAUCGGCCGCCAGCAUUGGCACCCUCAAAAAGGACUUCAAGAAGGAGGCCCUCUUCAUCGAUCCAGCCUCCUGACACGGCCACCAGCCGGUCGAGUACAUACAUGUGGAUCGGGAGACCACCGUGUGAUAUGUUGCCGCCGGCUGUGGCAUGCCCUACGACGAGAACCUGGAGCUGGGAAUGGAGAUAGCCUGACGUAGCGAUCAGCAGGGUUCCCUUGACACAGUUCAGGGUCUGGCCUGGAGAUUUUAAAGCUAUUGCGAAUGUUGGAUGAAGGUAUAUGAAUGGCGGGGAAGCAUGAACACUAUAUAAAACUAAAUUGUAAGUCAAUACAACCUUUUCUAAACGCUUCUGGGAGUAACCAAUCGAGUGGGAAUAUACGAGUGCAUGGUGCAUAGUCAUGGGGACAGUCGAUCAGCCGAUUGAUCUUUUUUUAUAGAAUUUGUUUUAUUCUGUGUGUUGUUUUUGUUUGAGACUAGUACUACCGAGCUGUAUAUAUUUUGCAGAUAUUUUAUUUGGUUGGGACAGAAGUCAAGAUUUGGGCAAGAUUUCAGUGGAUUUUGUAAAAAUUAGGGACAGUGAUAUUCAAAUCUAUGGGAAAGCAAUCCAAGUUUAUUUUAUUGUAAUACAAAGAAAGAAUUUCAGAGACUUUUUCAUGACGUAACCAGUUUUAUUGCGGAAACUAUUUAAUAUAUUAAGACUUUUACAUAAUUUCCUCAAUAUUAAACAAACAGCUUGAAACCUAGAUAAAGAUAAAUUUUGUUUAUUAAACGUGAUUCCCUCUUCUUGACUUCACAAAUUAUCGGUUAAUUUGAGUUAUAUUUUUUUAAUUCAUUCAACAUUUAAUUUCGUAGGACUACAUGCAUCAACAAAUCCAAAAAGCAAGAAAAAAAAAACUAUUGUAAAUUAGGUACCUUUAAUACAGUUAGUUCGGAUAGACAGCAAAUAAUUCGGGGGCAAAUACUCGUAGUAGACGAAGUAUUUACCAUAUAGCACAUAGCACCCAUUAAAAGGAAGUUAAGUAAGCAAAUACAUUUAGGAACUAAAUGCAAAAAGAUCAGAAACUACAAUGAAAUUGUAUAGAAAAGAGCAACUCAAAGAGCAGAUCCCUAAGCGUAUACUCUAUAGGGCCGCUCUGGCAAUAACUUCUAAGGAACUAUGAUAAAAGAGAGAGAUAGCAGCAUUUGGAGGAGAAAGAUUAGACAGUUAGGGAGGAAGUCUCGACAGUGUUGUGAUCCAAGGCAUGCACAUACUGAACUAUGUUUAAACACAACCAAAUCGCGGCAUUUACAUGGUACUACACGCUCAUGAUUCGAUUAACAAUACAUGUAUAGGGUAUUAGCUAGUAUAUACUUAGUAGUCGUCUAUGAGGAAGGGCAGCACUUUUGGGUUUUUAAUCGUAAAGCACAGCACACAAAACACUUCUCACACACAAAUAGAGCAGAAAACAUCACUUAGUGGUUUAUUAUACAUGCAUAAAAAUACAAUCGUAUGAGAAAUAAAAUUGUUAUUAACGAUUAAUGUAGAACUCGAAAACCAGAGAAAUGUUCACUUCUUCAACUUAAUCAAGAGAACUGCCAGAAUAUUCUAUAAGAAAAUGCAAAAACCAAUUCGAAUAUUUAUGUAAAUAUAUUUAUCAGGCAAUUAUUUUCAGGAUCAAGCUCUUAUUUUUAAUUUCCCAAAUGUUUGUAGCUGCAAUAAAUCAUAUUUCUAACUUAACAAGUAAAAAGAAUAUAAUAAAAAUAAAGCAAAAACAGAAAUUGUAUGCAAGCCCUAGCAUUUAAGCCAUGGCAUGGCCCAUAACCCAUUUAAACAAUCAAACUUUUGGCAGUUGAUAGGAUUAAGAAAACACCAAAAAGAAACAAAAAAAACCAAACAAAAAAAAAAAGGACAAAAGUACUUUAUUUUAUAGACACUAAAACUAGGUAAAUGCAAGAAAAGAAAAAAAUAUUAAUACCUUCGGUGGUCUGCAAUGAGAAUUUAAAAAAUGCAACAGCCCCUGCCAUAUGCAGACAAAAUCCAUUAAAAUUGCAACUUCCAUAAAACAUACAUAUAUAAUUUAGUCGGCAUUGAAAAACGGAAAAAGAGAAAAUAUAUACACGAAUUAAAUCAAAUAUUUUCAGUUGCAUUUUUCGAUAGCAAAUAACCUAAAUAUUUAUAGCCGAAAAAGGGAAGAAGAAAUAUUAAAGAAAAAGAAAAACGAUAGAACGAUGCGCACUUUUUACAAUUUUAUGGAAAAUAAAGAAUUAUUAUUUCCCAAAACACAGACACAAGCAAACAUACAUAUAGGAUAUUUUACACAUACAUUUGUACUAUAAGAGAAAAAAUAAUAAUGAAAUAUACGAUAUACAUAAACGAGUAUAUGCAUAGAUAAAAUGGCAAGAUAAAAUGCCAAAAUAAGUAGCUUUAAGAGCAGCGCCCAAGCUGUUACUAUAUCCUUGGCCACCAUCGUCGUCACACACAUCAUCUCAAUCAUCAGUUCGGGGUUCAGUUCCUUCUCUCAAUCAAACCAAACUAUGAAAAUUUCUGUGCCAACUGUGUUUAAAGUAGAAAAAUUCGAAGAUAAAAUAUGACAGCGGAUUAAAAAACACUACAUGUAAUUUAUUUGAAAUGUUCGAAAAUAAAGUGGAGAAAAUAUGGCGGAGAGAAUGACGGCGGAGGAAAUGGAAAAAUGUGUGAGAUGGUAAAUAAUAAUAAAAAUACAGACAGCUGUGUAAAUAGUCGAAACGCGUACAGUCUACGCAUAUUUAAUUUAAAAAAAAAAAACACAAAACUAAAUAAAUAGAUAAACAAAAAAGGCAAAUGGAAAGAGCAGAGAGCUCUCUCGAAAUUUAUUUUCUUCGAUUCUCUCUUUUUUUUUGGUCACAUAUUUUCCUCAGUUUGCAGAGGUUCGAUUUAUAGAGUAAAGUAAGUUUCACUUGUAUGAUAAAUAAAACUAAACCAAACAUUUAUAUAGGGAUAUUAUACGUAUAUGAAAAGGAAAACCCUAAAAUAAUGACGCACUGAAUCAAAUAGAUGAAACGAGUAUUUAAAAACCAUGACAAUUAAAACAAAAGAGAACUUUAAACAAAAACGAAAUUAAAAAAAAAAAAUACACCACCUGACUUUAUUUAUGGCUCGAAAUUUAAGUGCGAGGCUGCGCCAUGUUCCGGGCCGGGUUCCGGUGUGACGCUUGGGGGGAAAACCGUAAGCCAAAACUACGACAAACUCAAAUCGUGCCACAAAUAGCUGGCAGCCAAGUAGGCCACAGAUUUUGAUUGCCCGCAUCCGGGGCAAGUGGACAUCCCGUAACCUCGACAUCCUGCACAUCGAACAAAAUGGUGUUAAAGCCAAAGCCGCUCUAUGCUGCUCCUAUACUCCUGUACUGGAUGCUGGACUCUG